AUGCCGCCAAUGGUCAGUGCUCUCAAGACCAUUGCCGAAGCCCUGAUCCGGCUUCUCACCAUGCUGUUGCAGAUCCUAGUGCAGCAGCUCGAGAAGCAGGAGAUCCUUGCCGAGAUGGAGAUCGAGAACGAGCCGGAGACUCAUGCCCACCUGCAGGAUAUGAUGCGCCAAAUUCAACAACAGGGCGCCACACUGGAAGCCCUCCGAGAGGAGGUGGAAGUUCAAAAGAAGACUCCAGAAAAGAAGGUGAGACCUCAGCCUGCAGCAGCCCCAAUGAGCAUUGCCUCAAUGACCUCCGGAAGUUCCACGCCAUUGUCCAAGCCACAGGUUCCAAAUGUCAGUCAGCGAAAGAGUCGGGCACCGUCCGUCGUUUCCCAAGCUGCAAGCUGGCAAGAGAUCGAAGCCGAGGAGGAGACCAUUUUGGUCCAGGAGAUGGCCCUUUCAGUUCCCGUGGAAUUGACUCAAGGGCGAGCCUCGGUGCCACCUGCACCAACCUUGCCGCUGCCUGGAAACCUGACGAUCUCAGAGUGGGGGACCAACAUGAUCAACUUCGGCAGGAAACACAAAGGAAAGACCUUCUCAGAAGUGAUGGAGAAGGAUCCUGGUUACCUGCAAUGGAGCCUGGCCCGUUACGGGUUCCACCGGUUGAUACCCAAGAUGUUGCAGCGCCUGAUGUUCCAAUUUCUGGCCAUGAAUCCUCGGAUCCGAAUCCUGGGACAAAUGAUAAGAAAGAGCAUUCCCAGCCAUCUCACGAUCACAAUGUUUGGUAGUUUGCCAAAUUCCGAAUCUGUGCCAGCGAAUGCUCGUGACCUUGGUCUUGGUGAAGACGGCCCGGCCGAUGAGCCUGAAUCUGCAGUGCGUGCGACUGGAAGCCAAAAUCUUCCGUUGGCUGUGCAUGAACGUUCCAACAGCCAAGCUUGCGAAGGUUGGGCACCGCCACCAGUGCCCUUGCAUGGCCCAAAAUUCCGCUUGCUACAGCCACAAGAGAAACAAGAUUUGAUAAAGCUUCAUAAGAAUCUAGGCCACCCAGAUCCAAAUGUCCUUUCACAACAUCUCAAAGCAGCAGGGGCUUCUGAGCAAGUUGUAGAAGCAGCCAAGGAGUACAUUUGUGAUGCCUGCGUUGAAACCACUAGAUUUAGCCAUCAAAGACCUGCCAAACUGCACGAACCCAAGGAAUUCAAUGAACUCUUGGGGAUUGACGGUUUCUUUUGGACGGGAAAGAAGGGUUUUCAAGUCAUGAUUUUCCACUGCAUUGAUGAAGCUUCUUUGUUUCAUUUAGGACGUCGCUUAGACAACCGAGAAUUUUGUGCGGAUGCAUGGCUCACCUUUUUGCAAAGGCAAAGCAUUGAACCACGCCUCUCAACCGAGGCCUGGCAAAAGGGCAGAAUCGAAAGACAUGGCCAGAUUGUCAAGAACAUGCUUCACCGUUAUGAUCAGGAAAAGACCAUUGAAGAUGUUCAAGAAUUGGAUAUGGUCCUCCGAGCCUGCUUUCAAGCCAAGAAUGCCUUGUCUCGACAAGAUGGUUUCUCUCCAGAGCAGAUAGUCCUGGGUAAAUCCCCUAAAGUCACUGCCUCCUUAACUUCCGAUGAACAAGUAGCAUCACACAGUCUGGCCGAUGGUUCUGACUUGGACUGCGAAAAGUUUCGACGAAACCUGGAGGUUCGUACACGAGCCAGAAAGAUGUUUCUGCUUGCGGACAAUGACGCAGCCAUCCAAAGAGCACUCCUGCGAAAAUCAUGUCCUCCUGUUGACACGUAUACCAUAGGUCAACAUGUCAUGUACUGGAAAAAGAAGAAUACCUUUGGUCGUCGUGAAGUAGGACGUUGGCAUGGGCCCGCCAGAAUUGUUUGUCGUGAUGGUUCAACAACAAUGUGGAUUGCUCACGGAGACAAAUUGCUGCGGUGUGCACCAGAAAACUUGCGUCCAGCGUCCCUGCGGGAAUGGAACAGUGCCUCAGUUUCCUUAGACCAGCAAGUCCAGGAUUUGCGCCAUCUCAGUGAUGCUCAGAACCCAGGGGUUUGCCUUGCGGAAGACGGUAUGCCCUUUAUCGAGAAUCCUCCAGAGCCUCUGGAUCACCAGUGUUUCAUGUUGGAAGUCCCCAUGUCACGUCAGGAUAUCCUAAAAUGGUCUUCUGCAGAACAUCCGGAGGAACUUGCACAGGUUGCCUCUGCCGGAAAGAGGGCUCGUGCCGAAGUUCAGGUCAAGGAUCUGACUCAGGCUGAUCGAAAACUGUUUGAAGCCGCCAAGGAUGCUGAACUUUCCUGCUGGCUACAGACCAGUGCGCUCAAGCCUGUGCUGAGAAAACACCUGAAUCCUGAACAAAUCCUGAAAUCAAGACAAGCAUUGAGCAGCCUAGUCGAUUCAUCUCCAGACAUACGCUUAAAAUCCGUCAGCUCCAACGGGGCUCAAGACUUGCUGUCUCCCACGGCGGAUUUCUGCCGCUGUGCAGAGCUCAAGUGGCAGAUCCGGCUGGUCUGCAAAUCUCCCUGA